AAACUGUAGUCCAAGUCUUCUAUGUCUUGCUUUGCUUGAGAAGACCAAAUUACAUAAAGUAUGACAAAUACUAAAUUCAUUGAUUAAAGUUAAGGAUUCGUCAAUUUCUAUUGAUAAUGGUUUAGAGAUAUACACUACACUAUGUUAAAGUAAUCACUAGUGAACUUCCUUAAUUCUUUCUCUUAACCAAAAAGUCAAAAUCUCAAGAUAUGAGAUCACCUAAUAUGAUGGGCAUUUUGAGUCUCUUCUUCUUUCUUGUUCUCCAUAAUCAUUCUGUCCUUAGUACUACACAAAAUUUCUCUUCAAACAUUUCCAUUUGUGGGAAUCUCACCAUACAAUACCCUUUCCGACUACAAUCCCAAAACACUCAACAAAAUCCAAACUAUAAUAGCUUUUCCCUAAGGUGCACUGAUCAAGGCAAUAUACUACUAAAUCAUCCUUUUUCAGGUGAUUUUCUUGUACAAGAAAUCAAUUACUCCACUAGAGAGCUCAAACUCCAAAUUCCCUCUAAUUAUCUUCCAAGAAAGCUUCUACAUUUAAACCAUUUUUCUUCUCCUUUUUCGGCUUCUUCUUUUAAGAAUUACACCUUCUCCUUGUUAUCUGAUUUUCAUGGAGAUCUUCGACUAUCAUGGGAUGUUCAUCUUGACAGAGAAACCAACAACCCCAAUGUUCCAAGAAAAGAGAGGACUUCACGUAAAGAAAUAAUCUUGAUCUUUUUCGUGGGUGUAUCCCUCAUUUUACCAUCCCUUCUCUGCUUAGUCUGUGUAUCAUGCCGAAUUUUUCUCGAACUAAGCCAUCGCCGCCAAGUCGCUGCUGCUGCAGCUGCAGAAGCCGCCACAGCAAGGUUAGCACCAAUGCCUAUGAUUGUGAUUGAAGGGCUUGAUGAAUCAACGAUUCAGUCCUUUCCAAAAGUGGUUCUUGGUGAAAGCAGGCGAAUUCCGGGACUAAACGUUAUGACUUGCGCAAUAUGCUUAGGUGAGUAUGGUGCUGGAGAAACAGUGAGAUGCAUACCUGAAUGUGAACAUUGCUUCCAUGUUGAAUGUGUCGAUAAAUGGUUGAAGAUGAAUAGCACUUGCCCUGUUUGCCGAAAUUCUCUUCAUCCUUGA